AUGACAAAUAAAAAAGCUCUUUUGUCUCUGAUGGCGGAGUGCGAAUCUCUUAAGAAGCAAAUGAGUGCCAGUGUAUUAGAAUUGAAUUUUUGUAUUGAAUGCUUGAUGGAUGAUCAAGAUGUGCGCGGGAAAAUGAAAAGAGAGCUUUUCGAGCAACUAUCAUCUCAGCUAUUAGCAGCUGUUGAGAAGACGCUUUGCAAAAUAUUAGAGGAAACUUCACUCAAACCUGAAGAUAUACAUUCUGUGCAGAUUGUGGGUGGCUCUUGCCGAAUACCUUCAGUAAAAAGGCUUGUGCAAAAGGUUUUUGGGCGAGAACCCAGCGCAACGUUAAACAUGGAUGAAGCAGUCGCCAGAGGGUGUGCAUUGCAGUGUGCUCUCCUUUCACCUACCCUGAGAACAAAAAAUUUCAUAAUUGAAGAUAUCCAACCAUAUUCUAUUAAAAUAGGCUGGAAAAUGAGUAAGAUUGUGGAACCUGCUCAACUUUUUCCUCGUUUCCACAAAGUCCCUUCUAGCAAAAUUAUUACAUUUAGCACCAGCAAACCAUUUUCUUUGCAAGUUGCUUACGAAAACGUACUUUCAUUGCCAGAUAUUGCGGAAUUCAGUUGCGAAAAUUUGCCCCCAGAAACUCUGGAUAAAGAUGUUGAAAUAGCAAUUAAAGCGGCUGUAAAUAUGCACGGUAUUUUUGCAGUAACGUCGGCGGAAGCCAUUUUAAAGCAUGAGGAAGCUGAAGAUGUUGCCCUGGGAGAAGAAGAUAAUUCAACAGAGAAUACGAUGGAUAGCGAAGCUAAAGACGACUCUAACACCGGAGAAAAAGAAGUUCUAAGUAAGCCGAGACGGAAAAUCGUCAAGACUUCAUUUCGGCUUGACAUUUCCCCCAAAUUUCCGUCGGUUUGCUGCGUAGACUUGGGAAAACUGACCGCGAAAGAAAAACAAAUGAUCCAGAGAGAUAUGAACGAAAAAGAGAAAGCCGAUGCACGAAAUACUCUGGAAGAAUACAUUUUGGAAUUGAGAGCAAAAUUGAGUGAUGAAUUGAAGGAAUUUGUUACCGACGAAGAGAACGAGGUGUUGGAAAAAUCAUUUAAUGAUGCAGAAGCUUGGCUGUACGACGACGAAGAUCGGAAAAGUAAGGAAUGUUUUGAAAAGUUGGUGGCGUUAAAACGUAUUUGUGAUCCUGCUUUAAGGAGAUUUGAAGAAUGGGAGAAAAAACAGACAAUUAUUAAGGAGUUUCAACGCAUUCUACAAGAAGCAUUCGAUGCAAUAAGCUCAGCCAGCAAGGAAAUGGAGGGUAUCAAAGCGGAUGAGGUUCAAACUGUUCAAUGUUUGUGGAAAAGAACGCAAGAAUAUUUGCAGGACUGUAUGAAUACAUUUUCUGAACAUCAAAAGAAUGAAGCAUGUCCUAUUACCGCUGCAAUGGUUGAGAACGAGAUGAAAAUGUUCAAGGAGCAGUAUCUGGUGCAAUUACAUAAUUUAAAAGCUAUUUUAGCAAAAUCGGAUGAAGACAGCGGCGAUAACAAAAAGGAAGUUGAAGAAAUGAAUGCUAAAAUAUCUGAAACGACUUCUAAGAUUGAAAUUGCGGAUUUAGAAGAUCAAUCUCCGAAUACAACAAAAAAUUAA